AUGGUAGGAAGCACCAUCGAUACUCAGCAGAAUCUGAGGAUGAGCAGCCGACGAAAGGAGCCAGAGUUUCAAUGGCUAAAGUUAAUUCGUGAAUUGGCCUCACUGGACACGGAAGGAGUGAAGCCCAUUGGAUGGCUUCCUUGCACGAUUCAUCAGCCUCCUUCGGUUACCGAUGGGGCCAUUUCAAGCAUGCCUUUGCUAACUAAUUUUGCUGCUUCGGUGUCCCGGUCAGCCAGGCCCCCAGCGGGGAGGAUGGACUAA